AAAAGUUUGACAUAUGUCCAAUGUCUUGUGUUGCGGCGGUUUUUGUAUUUUAUUUUCCUGUUGAAUGAAACAAAAUUGGCAAAAGUUUUCUUUAUUUUGCAGUAGUACCUAUGUGUAUAAGUUAUAAGCGAAUCAGUUGUUAGGCUAAUUUAUUGUAGCAUCGUUUUUAGGUUACAUUGUGUUAAUUUAUUUAAGGUUAGGUUAUAGAUUUAGUUGAAAUGAACACCGAAAAAUCUGGGGUGUGGAUACGUGGUGAUCGUAGAGGCCGAGGAGGUCAUAAUAAUAGAGGUUUUGCGCGAGGGGGCAAUAGAGGUCCUUGGAGGGGCGGUAAGAAUUUCAGGGGGCUUGGCUACCGAGACGAUCGUAACUUUAGCCAUGGGAACUGGACCACGAACGCAAGUCAACAGUGGAACAAGCCUCGGCGUGAGACGCCAGGCAAGCGACUGGCCGAAGACGAAAUCGGCGUGACGAAAUACAUUAGCGAUCAUGCAGGAUUCAAUGGCAUUAUCAAAAUGAGAUAUUCAGAUUUCCAAGUGUCGGAAAUAAACGAAAAAGGUGAAAUAGCCAAACUGACAGAUCUAACGCCUCCCGAGCCUCCGGAGGACGAGGCCGUGGACGAGGACGAGGACCUGCUGCUCUCCAAGUACAACCUGGAGAUACUGCCGCUGGAGACAUGGGACAGCAUCAAUAAGCUCGUCCUCACUAAAGACACGGAUGAAAGCAUUGAAGUUGAUGCAACCAACAUGUCAAAGGAACAAAGAACUAAAAUCCAUGAUGCUGUCAAAAAAGCCUUUGGAGAAAGUAUAGUUGGCAGCACCAUCAACAUUGAGGAUAAGAAACUACUCCGCUUCACAAGAUAUAGGAAAGGAGUACGCAUAGACAACAGAAUAAAGUGGGUAUGGCCAGGGGAGUAUGUUCACUUCAUAGUAUACAAGGAAAACUGUGACACCAUGGAUGCGGCCUCACGAAUUGCUGAGAAGCUGAGGUUAAACAUAAAACCUUCAAUGGUGGGCUACGCGGGCAGCAAGGACCGGCGCGCGGUGACGUCGCAGUGGUUCAGCCUGCGCAAGGUGGCGCCGCGCCGCGUGGCCGCCGCCUGCCAGGCGCUGCGGGACGUCUGCGUCGGCAACUACAGCUUCAGCGCGCACAACCUGAGGCUCGGCAUGCUCAAGGGGAACAAAUUCCGCAUAGCGCUGCGCAACGUGACCGCUACCGACGACGUCGUGGACAACGCCUGCCGACUGCUGCAGGAGAAUGGAUUCAUCAACUACUACGGGCUACAGCGCUUCGGGACUCGCGUGGACACGCCCACUUAUGAAAUCGGACGAAAACUGCUGCAAGGGAAUUUCAGAGAGGCAAUAAACUCUCUUCUGGAAGAGCGCGAAGGCAUGCUUCAGCCGGCGCUACAACGAUACCACGAGGCCGGACCCAUCGCAGCACUCCAAGCGCUUCCAAGAGGCAUGUCUGGCAGCGCGCACGUCGAGACACGCCUCAUACGUGCCCUCGCCAAGGCGCCUAACGACCUGGUGGGCGCGCUGUCCAAGGUGCUGCCAAGAGGCAUGUCUGGCAGCGAGCACGUCGAGACGCGCCUCAUACGUGCCCUCGCCAAGGCGCCCAACGACCUGGUCGGCGCGCUGUCCAAGGUAAUGACAACCUUACCGCCUGCGACACAAUGCUCACUCUUGUGUAACCACGAAGCCGGACCCAUGGCCCAUCGCUUCACUCCAAGAGUCCAAGCGCUUCCAAGAGGCAUGUCGUCCGGCAGCGCGCACGUCGAGACGCGCCUUAUACGUGCCCUCGCCAAGGCGCCCAACGACCUUAGCCUUAUUCACGAAACAAAACUUCAACAACAACAAAACCCUGAGUUGCGAUCCUAUCGAGCCGGAUCCAUCGCCGCCUUACAAGCCCUACCACGAGGCAUGUCCGGCAGCGCGCACGUCGAGACGCGCCCUGGCCAAGGCGCCCAACGACUUGGUGGGAGCGCUGUCCAAGGCAGCGUGUAUUUCGAGACACGCCUCAUACGUGCCCUCGCUAAGGCGCCUAACGACCUGGUGGGCGCGCUGUCCAAGCUGGCACGUAACACUCGCUUACUCUACCUGCACUCGUACCAGUCGCUGGUGUGGAACCGCGCCGUGUCCGAGCGCAUCGCGCGCCUCGGCCUCCGCCCCGCGGAAGGAGACCUGGUGCCUGCGGGCAGCGAGACGCAUAUAGUUACAGAAGAGAUGAACGACGGCGAGUUCGAAGAUGAAGAUAACAAUGAGAAUGAAUCUGAUGCUGACACCAAUGACGCCUCCGAAGCGCCUGCGGACAACGAUAACGACAGCUCGGACAAGAGAGACAAGGACAAAAAUAACGAUGAGAAACCAAAGGUCCCCGUCAAAGUGCUGACCAAGGAAGAGGCGGAGAGCGGGCAGUACACGAUAUUCGACGUUAUAAUGCCGCUACCAGGGUACAAUAUCGACUACCCGCCCAACAUGAAGGACUUCUAUGAAGAGGAGAUGGCGAAGGACAACUUGAAGCUGGAUCUGAGGCAUAAAGUGAAAUGCUACAGCAUGUCUGGCGCGUACCGGCACGUGGCGGUGCGUCCGUUUGAUGUAAGCUGGCGCAGCGUGCGCUACUCGCAGCCCUACGCCGACCUGUUGCGCUCCGACCGCGACCAGCUCACCGGCCGCGAGCUCACCGGCAUCAUCGAAGGUACUCAACCGCCGACUAUGGGAUCUGAGCACGGACUGACUACUCGAAAGGCUGAGAGACAUGGCUUUGGAUCCCAAACUGCUGACAUGGCGGGAUGGGCGGCCAGGGCAGCAAUAAGGGAUACAAAUACCGGAUAUAACAGUACGCAGCGUGCGCUACUCGCAGCCCUACGCCGCUUGCUGCGCUCCGACCGCGACCAGCUCACCGGCCGCGACCUCACCGGCAUCAUCGAAGGCCUGGCCCUACGCCGCCUGCUGCGCUCCGACCGCGACCAGCUCACCGGCCGCGAGCUCACCGGCAUCAUCGAAGGUAAUAAUCAUCAUCAUCAUCAUACCAUAUUGUUAAUGAAAUUGAGCAUACAUUUUUUUAAAUACCUUCACGAAGUAAAACUUCUGUACGUAGUACUUAUUAUUAUUCUGUGGCCCUACGACGACCUGCUGCGCUCCGACCGCGACGAGCUUACCGGCCGCGAGCUCACCGGCAUCAUCGAAGAUGGCAAAUACAAAGCGUUGCUUCUAGAAAUGUCUCUGCCGGCGAGCUGUUACGCCACCAUGGCUUUGCGGGAACUCCUCAAAGUGGACACGUCGUGUGAUUACCAGGCGAUGCAGAACAACUAUCACAGACGCAAGAAGUCGAAGGACAAGACUGGGGAAGCGGGAGAUGAAAAUUCAGAGAAUAACUCCGAUGCCAAUGAUAGCCUCAAUAUGAGCGGGGAGAACUCAGAAGUGAGCAGACAAGAAAAUGCAGAAGUUACUGGAGACGUAAUGCCAGAAGCGAGCGGGGAUGAAUCAUUAAAAAGAAAAAUGGAUGACUAUGUAGAUGUAGCGUUGAAGAAAGUUAAAACAGAGAUUGAAUAAUAAAGUGUUUUACGUA